AUGGCCAUCAUCGGCGCCAAAGAAGAGCACGUCGACCCGCGGCUCACCCGCAUCGCCCAAGCGGACACGAUACCAUGGUACCAUAAACCGAACCUACGCUUCCUCUACCUGAUCCUCGUCCCGACAGCCCUGGGUGUCGAGUGGACGUCCGGCUUCGACUCCUCCAUGAUGAACAGUCUUCAGGCUGUGCAAUCAUGGGUAGACUACUUCGACAACCCCACCUCAUCCCGCCUCGGUCUCCUCAACGCAAUGUACUCACUCGGCGCCCUAAUGGCCAUCCCCUUCAUCCCCACCAUCAGCCAACACCUCGGGCGUCGGCACACCAUCCUUCUAGCCUCCUUCAUCAUGGCUUUGGGGGCUGGUCUCCAAGCAGGCGCCAUCAACUCGGACAUGUUCCUCGCCUCGCGCUGGGUGCUGGGUUUCGGCAUCCCUUUCGCUAUCGUCAAUGCCUCGGCGCUGAUUGGGGAACUGUCGUAUGCGAAUGAACGCGCGGUCAUGACGAGUUUGUUUAAUGCGUCGUGGUUUGUGGGCGCGAUUGUUGCUGCGGGCACGACGUAUGGGACGUUUCAGAUGGAGUCUACGUGGGCGUGGCGGCUGCCGAGUUUGUUGCAGGUGGUGCCGAGCGCGUGUCAGGUGGGGUUUAUGUAUUGGUGUCCCGAGUCGCCGCGGUGGUUGGUGUCAAGGGAUCGGGGGGAGGAGGCGAUGGAGGUGUUGAGAAGGUAUCAUGGUGAGGGGUUAGAGGGGGAGGAGUUUGUGCGGUUGGAGUUUGCGCAGAUUCAGGGGACGAUUGCGUUGGAGAGGGAGGUGGCAGGGAGGUUUGUUUGGGCGGAUGUGGUGAGGGAUGCGGCGAUGAGGAGGAGGUUUGUGAUUGCGGCGGUGGUGGGUUUUUUUACGCAGUGGAGUGGGAAUGGGUUGUUGAGUUUUUAUAUGAAGAAGAUUUUGGCGUUGGUCGGGAUUACGGAUGAUCGGACGGUGCAGAAGGUGAUUUUGAGUAAUACGUGUUGGGGGUUGAUUAAUGCGGUGCCCAUUGCGUUGUUGGCGCCGAGGUUUCCGAGACGGAGGAUGUUUUUGGUGUGUACGAUUGGGACGGCCGUGGUGUAUACCGUGUGGACGGUGGCGAGUGCGCGGUCGGCGAUUGAGGGCUCGGCGGCGGCCAGUAUUCCGGUGCUGGUGUUUAUCUUUGUUUACUCGCCCUUCUACAACAUCGGCUGGAACGCCCUCGCCUACACCUACAUGGUCGAACUCUUCCCCUUCCAGCAACGCGCCAAGGGCAUCGCAGUGGAACAACUCACGGUCCGGUUCGCCGUCUUCUUCAACACAUAUGUCAACCCCGUGGCCCUCGACGCCAUCGGCUGGAAGUACUAUAUUGUCUACUGCGUGUGGAUCUUGGUCGAGAUCGCGACGGUGUACCUUCUAUUUCCGGAGACGCACAACCGCACGCUGGAGGAGUUGAGUUUUAUGUUUGAGGGAAGGGAGGUACAGGAGCGGGUAGCGAAGAAUGUGGACAAGUUACAGGUGGAAUUGACGGAGAGGGGGGCUAAGGAGACUGCGGUGUAG